CAUUGAAUCAUCCGUGCAAUUGAGAAAAUGUCUGAUGCAAGGUUAUGGCACUUGGUCCUGUUUUUUAUUCUUCUUAUUCUCCACGCUGCGCGAGGACAGGUCAGUUACACCAUUCCAGAAGAAAUGGCAAAAGGAUCGAUGGUGGGAAAUAUUGCGCAGGAUUUGGGGUUGGAUUUACAACGGCUGAAGACUGGAAAAGCACGCAUAUUUACCAGAGACAGCACGGAAUACAUCGAACUGAAUAGAAACACAGGCUUGCUUCUGAUCGGAGAGAAAAUAGAUCGUGAGUCUCUUUGUGCAAAAACUACGCCAUGUGCUUUGCAUCUUCAAAUGAUUUUGGAAAACCCGAUGGAAUUGUACACAAUUACUGUUGAAAUCACGGAUAUAAAUGACAAUGCUCCCACUUUCCAGAAAAAGGAAUUUCGAUUUGAGAUCAGCGAAUCGGCCGUGGCGGGUGCCAGCUUUAUGCUUGGGAGAGCUUUCGAUCCGGACGUUGGACAAAAUGCUCUUCAAAGCUACUCGCUUAAACCUACUGAUAAAUUCCGGCUUGAAUUGCACAGUCAGGCAGAUGGCACCAAGAACGUCGAAAUGGUUCUACAAAGCACACUAGAUAGGGAAACGCAAAGUUCGUUUACUUUGUUGUUAGAAGCGUUUGAUGGAGGCGAUCCAGUGCUCUCAGGCACAGUACACAUACACAUUACUGUCUUAGACAUUAAUGAUAAUGCUCCUGUUUUUACGCAAAAAGUAUACAAAGCAACAAUAGGGGAAAACGCAGAAAAAGGUACAAUAUUAACAGUUGUGAGCGCGUCUGAUGCAGAUGAAGGCUCCAACAGUGUUGUUACGUACUACAUAUCUGACACAAUGGACAGUAAUGUAGCCGACAUGUUUCUUAUUAAUGAAAAAAGUGGAGAACUAGCAUUAAAUGGUCAAGUUGACUAUGAAAAAGUGAGCCAUUAUGAACUUAACAUUCAGGCAAAAGAUCAAGGAGGACUCUCUAACGCAUGUAAAGUAAUUAUCGAUGUGUUGGACAUUAAUGACAAUUCGCCUAGUAUUAAUAUUUUGUCUAGUUCUCAUUCCAUAUCCGAGGGCUCUAAGUCUGGUACUGUUGUCGCAAUGCUAAAUGUUGAUGAUCUUGAUUCAGGUGUGAGUGGCCAGGUUCGGUGCUUCAUAAAUGACAAUAUCCCCUUUGCGAUUACAUCUCCGUCUAGCGGUUUCUUCAGCUUGCAGACAGAUCAGGAAUUGGACAGGGAAAGAGAAGCGGAGUACAAUAUAAGUGUAAUCUGCAAUGAUGAUGGAGUACCCGCGCUCUCCAGUAGUGCUUCUGUCCAUGUGCAGAUAUCAGAUGUGAAUGACAAUGCUCCCGUCUUUGAGAAAAGUAACUAUGAGGCCUGUGUCGUCGAGAAUAACACACCUGGUCUUUCAUUGUUUAAAGUUCAAGCCAGUGACGCUGAUUGGAAUCAGAAUGCUCGUGUUUCAUAUAUUCUGGAAGACAGCACUGUUAAUGGGGUCUCUGUCUCAUCAUAUGUUUCAGUCCACCCUGACAGUGGAGUGAUAACAGCUAUGCGAUCUUUUGACUUCGAGCAACUUAAAUACUUCCACUUCCGAGUUAAAGUGCAAGAUGGAGGCUCUCCUCCACUUAAUAGUAAUGUGACAGUGAAAAUUAUUAUUCAAGAUCAGAAUGACAACGCUCCUCAUGUUCUGUAUCCAGUACAGACUGGUGGUUCUGUGGUGGCUGAGAUUGUGCCUCGUGCUGCAGAUGUUGGAUAUCUCGUCACUAAAGUGGUGGCUGUUGAUGCGGACUCUGGACAGAAUGCCUGGCUCUCCUAUAAACUACAGAAACCCACAGAAAAACCGCUGUUUGAAGUUGGUUUACAAAAUGGAGAAAUAAGAACAGUGCGACAAGUGACUGAUAAAGAUGCUGUGAAACAAAAACUGACUGUUGUAGUGGAGGAUAAUGGACAGCCCUCCCGCUCAGCUGUAGUCACCAUUAAUGUGGCUGUGGCUGACAGUUUUCCUGAAGUACUGUCAGAGUUCACCGACUUUGCGCGUGACAAAGAAUACAACGACAACAUGACUUUUUAUUUAGUUCUUGCACUGGCUGCUGUCUCUUUUCUUUUCAUUACUUGUGUGGUUGUCAUAAUAUCAGUUAAGAUCUACAGAUGGAGACAAUCUCGCUUCUUAUAUCAGUCCAAUCUUCCGGUUAUUCCAUACUAUCCGCCGCAUUGCACAGAGACAGGAGCUACUGGAACUCUUCCACAUGGCUAUAAUUAUGAAGUGUGCAUGACGACUGACUCGAGGAAGAGCGACUGUAAGUUUUCUACACUCGGUGGUCACAAUGUUUUAGUGGUGGACCCAAGUUUCACAGAGACUAUGCAGCGCGCAAUGAGAGAAAAGAAGGAGUGUGAGAAUAAUGACCUAAAUUUGGAGGUGAGACCUUUAAAUGUCCCUUGUUCAAUGUUUUAA